AUGGCCAUCGUACCAGCAAUCAAACCGCGGGUCGUCAGCUUGGGCGAGCCCAAGUUCGUUGGCGAGGACUACCUCGAGAAGUUCCGAACGGAGUUUCGCUACUCCGUGCUGCCUGCAACCAACCGCGCCGAGGCGCAGCAGAUGAUCCCCGAGGACAUCAAGAAGAACGGCCCAAUCGACGCUUUCAUCAUCCGCAUGGGCACCAUGCCCUACGAGCCCUUCGACGAGGAACUGCUCAAGGGCCUGGUCCCUGGAUGCAAGAUCAUCACUUCCGCCAGCGCUGGCUUCAACGAGUUCGACGUCGAUUGGAUGGCCUCUCAGGGUAUCUGGUUCUGCAAUACCGUCAACGCCGUGGCAGAGGCUACUGCCGACAUGGCUAUCUUUUUAACCCUGGCUACGCUCAGGAAUACUUCCGUUGCCGAGAAGUGCGCACGCAACGGUACCUGGAGGGCCGGCGCUAAUCUGGUGCCCGGCCGCGACCCUGCGGGCCUGACGCUCGGAAUUUACAUGGCCAAAAAGGCUCUUGCGUUCAACAUGAAGAUCAAGUACUAUAACCGCCGGCAACUGCCUGCGGAGGAGGAAACCAAGUUCAACGCCACAUACUGCUCGACGCUGCAUGAACUCCUCGGCACCGCCGACGUGGUGUCGCUCAACUGUCCUCUGAAUGCUCAGACGGAAAACCUGAUCGGAGCGGCCGAGUUUGCAGCCAUGAAGGACGGCGUGUUUCUGGUCAACACGGCUCGCGGCGCCGUCAUCCACGAGCCCAGCUUCAUCGCCGCGCUCGAGAGCGGCAAAGUGGCUCGCGCUGGACUGGACGUCUUCGUCAAUGAGCCCAAGCCCGAUCCGUACUUUCUACAGAGUGAUAAAGUCGUCGUCCAGCCUCAUUUAGGUGGCCUUACUGAUUUUGCAUUUAUGAAAGCUGAAAGAGAAUGCUUCGAAAAUAUUCGAGCCCUUUACACGAAGGGCAAGCCGAACUCGCCCGUACGGGAGAUCUUGUAA